GGUUCCCCUGUUCACUUCAGGUCAUAUGAUCACAAAUAUUUGUCUCGUAUUUUUCACCUGCACCGAAGUGUAAAGUGUUGUACGGUUUUUCCGUCCCGUGGUCGCCCGACUUUUGCCAAGUUCUGCCCGUCUAGCUCGCCCGGUGAAACAUGACCGACGUUCAGGACAUCAUGUCGUCCCUGCCGGACGACAAAAUCGAUAUGAUUGCGGCGACGAGCGUCUUGCAGCAGCAGGCUGGAGACAUCCGCCAGACCAAGCCCAACUGGUCCUCGUACAUGCAGUCGCAGAUGAUUUCGCAGGAAGACUAUGCGUGCGUCAGCUCGCUGGAUAAGGACAAGAAGGCGCAGGCCGCCUACCUGCAGGAGAAUGCGCCGCAGUGCGCCAAGACGCUGCUGAACAUGCUGUCGCACGUGUCGAAGGACCAAACGAUCCAGUACAUACUGGUGCUGAUCGACGAUCUGCUGCAGGAGGACCGCACGCGCGUACAGAUCUUCCACGACUACGCCAACAAGAAGAAGGAGAGCGUGUGGGCCCCGUUCCUCAAUCUGCUGAACCGGCAGGACGGGUUCAUCGUCAACAUGGCGUCGCGCGUCGUCGGCAAGCUGGCCUGCUGGGGCCAGGAGCAGAUGCCCAAGUCCGAUCUGCACUUCUACCUGCAGUGGCUGAAGGAUCAGCUGACCGUUGCCGCUCAAAAAUUGUUGCACGAGAUGGAGGAGGCGGAAAAGAAGCGGCUGGCGGAAGCGGCCGCCUCCCACCAUGACCAUCACCGGCAUGGGCAUCAUGGGCACGAGGCGCAUCACCCCCCGAACAGCCACCAGCAUCAGAUCGCGGAGCGGUACCGCGAGAUAUCGAGCGCUAUCGACGAUCCGCAGCGUGAUCGCGCCAAGGAAGAUCUACACGUGACCCUAACGAACAACGAGUACAUCCAGUCGGUCGGUCGCUGUCUGCAGAUGAUGCUGCGCGUCGAUGAGUACCGCUUCGCCUUCGUCACCGUCGACGGCAUCAGCACGCUCAUUAGCAUCCUUUCGUCGCGUGUCAACUUCCAGGUUCAAUACCAGCUGGUGUUUUGCCUGUGGGUGCUGACGUUUAACCCGCUGCUGGCGGAGAAGAUGAACAAGUUCAACGUGAUCCCGAUCCUGGCGGACAUCCUGAGCGACUGUGCGAAGGAGAAGGUCACGCGCAUCAUACUGGCCGUGUUCCGCAACCUGAUCGAGAAGCCGGAGGAUGCGCAGGUCGCGAAGGAGCACUGCAUCGCGAUGGUACAGUGCAAGGUGAUGAAGCAGCUGACCAUACUGGAACAGCGCCGCUUCGACGACGAGGACAUUACGGGCGACGUGGAGUUCCUGACCGAGAAGCUGCAGAACUCGGUGCAGGAUCUGAGCUCGUUCGACGAGUACGCCACCGAGGUGAAGAGCGCCCGGCUCGAGUGGUCGCCGGUGCACAAGUCGGCCAAGUUUUGGCGCGAAAAUGCGCAGCGCCUGAACGAGAAGCAGUACGAGCUGCUGCGCAUUCUCGUCCAUCUGCUGGAGACGUCCAAGGAUCCGCUGGUGCUGUCGGUCGCUAGCUACGACAUUGGGGAGUACGUGCGCCAUUACCCGAGAGGCAAACACGUCAUUGAGCAGCUGGGAGGCAAGCAGCUGGUAAUGCAACUGCUCGCCCACGAAGACCCGAACGUACGCUACGAAGCACUGCUGGCCGUCCAGAAGCUGAUGGUUCACAACUGGGAGUACCUGGGCAAGCAGCUGGAAAAAGAUAGCGAGAAGGCUACCCAGGGCAAUGCCCCGAUCAGCGGAAAGGCUUAAGGCGUUCCCCCCCAUUAUUCAUCCUUUUGCUUGGGGCUUUGUUGCAACGCAAGUCCUCCCCGCAAAACGUAUGCCGCCGUCGCGCAGACGAAAAUGAAAAAAAAACAAAAAGCAUUCCAUACCGUGGACAAAAUUUGCAAAAAUGCUUCGAAAACGUGUUCCAACAGCAAACGCCAUCACUACACAACACCUUUCCUUAAAUCUGCGCUCCCAUGCGUCCUCCUUCUGGUCGCUGCUGGAGCGUGUUCGCGUGUGUAAAUAAAAUAUCCUUAUGGCUGGUACAUUAAGCAGAAAAUCGGCACAGUCCUCGCCGUCCGUCUGCCGAUGAUGAUGAUAAUGAUGAUGAUGAAUUGGCGCGCGAACAAACAUGCAAAACAGCCGCCCCUUUCCCCCUUUAUAAUGUAUUACUAUUGCAAAUGUUACGUUUUUGUUUUCUCCCCACACCGGUGUGAAGGAAGAGGUCGCAAAAGAGAUCGCAAGCGCAAAGCAAAACAACCCUUCACCCGGCAUAUAUAUUUAGGCUAAGUAAGGGAUAGUUAUUUGUUUUCAUCAAGUGCAACAUACAUAUUAGAGAGAUCAAGGUGCGAAAAGCAGAUAGAUGUAUUAAUCGAACGACGAACAUAAAUAAAACACAUACAAAAAAACA